CUCUCAAUCAAAUCACAUCAAAGUUUCCCUCACACACCAAGCUUUUGGAACAGUUUCCUUUGUUCAGGUUCUGUGAUUGAUAAUUUUGUCGAUACAGAGCUAUCAUGGAUCCCUUCAAAGGACAAGGAGGCAUUCAGAUGCUGCUAACCGCUGAACAAGAAGCACAACACAUAAUUUCUAAUGCAAGAAAUUUAAGAACCCAGAGGUUGAAGCAGGCAAAGGAAGAGGCUGAGAAAGAAGCUGCACAAUACAGAUCUCACAUGGAAGAUGAGUAUCAAAAUUCAAUUUCAGAGACCACAGGGACUUCUGGAUCUAAUGUGAAAAGGCUUGAGGAGGAGACAGAGGCUAAGAUUAAACUUUUAAAGAAAUCAACUUCAGAUGUUUCAUCAAAAGUGGUUGAAAUGCUGCUCAAGUGUGUUACAAAUAUCAAAAUAUAA